UGGCGCCCUCAUGUGGUCGCAGCGCUACAUGACAUGUUGCCACUUCCUGUAAAGCUGAAGGGUGGGACAGGCGGAAGCAGCGUCCUGCGGUGCUAGUAUUUUCCUCUCACCGAUAAUUUAUCACUCAACAUGCCGGCGUAUCACUCAAACCUGAUGGUCCCCGAAACCAGGCUGGUGGGGAACAUGGCCCUGCUCCCCCUCAAAACUCAGUUUAAAGGACCAGCCAGAGGAGACGGCGUAGAGUCAGACAUCAUUGAUGAGGCUAUCUACUACUUCAAAGCCAAUGUUUUCUUUAAGAACUAUGAAAUCAAGAAUGAGGCAGAUAGGACGCUGAUCUAUGUCACACUCUACAUUUCUGAAUGCCUAAAAAGGCUACAGAAGUGCAGCUCCAGGAGUCAGGGAGAGAAGGAGAUGUACACUCUGGGCAUCACUAACUUUCCCAUUCCUGGAGAACCUGGCUUCCCUCUUAAUGCUAUGUACGUCAAACCUACAAACAAGCAGGAGGAAGAGACUAUGAGGGCGUACCUCCAGCAGAUCCGCCAGGAAACUGGCCUAAGGCUAUGUGAUCGUGUGUUUGACCCCCAGACCGACAAACCCAGCAAGUGGUGGGUGUGCUUUGUCAAGAAGCAGUUCAUGAACAAAAGUCUGUCAGCUCCUGGACAGUGAACAACUCAGGACCCACAGUUUCUAUUGUAUACCUGCAACAUGGAUGGAUUUUUUUGGGGGGGGGGGAUGGGGUGGGAGGGGUCUGCUUUUGUGUUGCUAAAAGAUGAUUUUAUACUCUUUGAGUUCAAGGAUAUAUCUUUGCCGUCUGGAUGUUGAUCAUAUUGAGCUGGUGCUUAAUUCAAUAAAGCGAUCAUGAAGAUUGGAAA